ACAUUUCCCAGUAUGCAUUGCGCCCUGUCUGACUUCUCAACCCUGAAUAAAAACAAGCUGAUCAGCUGAUGUAAAAGCAACAUCUUCUCCUCCCGGGGUCUGACACAGCAAUCCAACUUUAUCGCCGAGGUUAGUGCGUGGCACCGGGGCGCUAUGCUACGUUAUUAUUAGCCAGCACACACUUUUUAAACUGUGUCGAGCUGGCAGUUUUGUCAAGUCGAGUCAUUCGUCGUCGGCUGGGACUGGUAACCGCCGCGAGGUCAGCCGAUUGACACGGAGGUUGUUGUUUUCCUACAUAAUUACUGCUAAUUAUUAUUAAUGCAAUAUUCUCUGAGUGUAUGAAUAACAAUGGUCACAGUAUACGUCGUUUACCAACUUGGCAUCAACCCAUUUAGGUAUUAACGAGGUAAAAAGAUGUUGGAACAUUUUUUGGUUAACACCUAAGCACACUUUUAUGGAUAUAUUUUGACUACUUUUUGGAAAUGUUGUUUUGAUUAAGGUGCUCACGUUACACACAGUAGAAUUUGGUGUUAUUUGUUGCAUAAUUGUAAGGUUGCUUGAGUAAUCAUUUCUGUUAGCCACUUGACCAAGAGAGCACCCGAAGAAAGGAUUAAAGCAAACAUAAAUGGAUAAAACACGAAGGAGAGUCUGAUUCGAUGCUAUGAAAAGAGUGCAUGAAAACCGGACAAAAGUCAUUAUUAUAGUGAUAAUUUAGAUCAUUAGAGCUAUUUUCUCGGUCUGAGGAAUUGUGCCAAGGUGUGCUGAUAGUCGAGUGUAGUCCUCCUUUAUCAACGAUGAGUAGUCAAAGUCCCGCCGAAGAUAAAACCACGAAUACACCACUCGUCUGCCAAGAGAGUUACGCAUGCGGUGGGUCGGACGAGGCCUCCUUCGAAUGUGACGAGUGCAGCAGCCUUCAAUGCGCCCGCUGCGAGAUGGAGCUCCACCGGCAGGAACGUAUGAGGAACCACGACCGGGUUCGCAUUGCCCCGGGCCACGUCCCCUUCUGCGACUCGUGCAAAGGGGACGGCGGCGGCGGCUCGGUCACGGCCGGGCGGGUGCGAGCGGCCGUCCGCUGCCAGGGAUGCAAAAUAAACUUAUGCUUGGACUGCCAGAAACGCACCCAUAGCGGUGGGAACAAGAGGAAGCACCCUCUCACCCUGUACCCCCAGGCCAAAAGUGCCCAAGAGAACAGCGUCAGCUCCGGCGAGUCUGAACUAGACAUCAUGAAAGAGCAGCUAGACAAAGUGUGCAGUUUCCUGUUGGUGGAUGAAAAAGAGGAGAUGCAGGUGAAGAACGAGGAAGAGUUUGUGAACAGACUGGGAUGCGACCCAGACGAGCUACUCAAGGUGGUCUCCAUUUUUGGCAACACCGGCGAGGGGAAGUCGCACACGCUGAACCACACCUUCUUUCUUGGAAGGGAAGUGUUCAAAACAUCCCCGACACAGGAGUCUUGCACGUUGGGAGUGUGGGCUGCCAUGGACCCGCUGCACCACGUGGUUGUCAUUGACACGGAAGGACUCCUCGGAGCUGGGUCUAGUCAAGGUCAGCGAACCCGCCUGCUCCUCAAAGUCUUGGCCAUCUCGGAUCUCGUCAUCUAUCGGACACGCGCUGACCGUCUCCGCGAUGACCUUUUCAAAUUCCUGGGCGACGCCUCGGAAGCCUACUUGAGGCACUUCGCCCGGGAGCUGAAGGCGACCACCACGCGCUGCGGCCUGGAUGUCCCGCUGUCCACCCUGGGCCCUGCGGUCAUCAUCUUCCACGAGACUGUGCACACCAAACUGUUAGGAUCAGACAAGCCGUCCGAGUCGGCGGACCGCCUCCUUCAAGAGCGUUUCAGGAAGCUGGCUGUGUUCCCAGAGGCCUUCAGCUCCAUCCAGUACCGCGGGACUCGUACCUACAACCCACCCACUGACUUCACUGGCUUGCAGCGCAGCCUGGAGCAGCAGCUGGACAACAACGCCACACGCUCGCCCCGUUCCGCCGGCGUCAUCUACAAGGCCUUGCAGGCGCUGAGUGAGCGUUUCAGUGGCGAUAGUCCCAAUGAACACAUCACCAGUAACUCCUUCUUCCCCGAUGAGUACUUCACCUGCUCCUGCAUCUGCCUGAGUUGUGGGUCAGGCUGUAAGAGAAGCAUGAACCACCUGAAGGAGGGAGCAGAACACGAAGCCAAGCACCAAUGCCGCUACUCGGCGCAGUACGACAACCGCAUCUACACGUGCAAGGUGAGCGUUCCAUGUUAUGCCGCGUUUAAUGAGGACGCAAGCGACUACGUUUCUAAAAUUUUCCAGGCCUGCUACGAGGGAGGAAAGGAGGUGAUCGUGGUUCCCAAGACGACGGCCUCGUCCGACUCGCCAUGGUUUGGCUUGGCCGUCUACGCCUGGUCUGGAUACGUCAUCGAGUGUCCCAAUUGUGGAGUGAUAUAUCGAAGCAGGCAGUACUGGUAUGGAAACCAGGACCCAGUGGAAACGGUUGUCAGAACCGAGAUCCAGCACAUCUGGCCGGGGUCGGACGGCUUCCUGAAAGACAAUCACAACGCCGCCCAGAGGCUGCUGGAUGGAGUCAAGUACAUCUCCCAGUCGGUGUCGGAGCUCAGCGUCAAGCCGGCCAAAGCGGUCACCUCCUGGCUCACCGACCAGAUCGCUCCCACCUACUGGACGCCCAACUCUCUCAUCCUGAAAUGCCACAAAUGUGCAGCGGACUUCCAAGCGAACGACACCAAGCACCACUGCCGGGCCUGCGGCGAAGGCUUCUGCGACGCCUGCUCCUCUAAAACCCGCCCGGUCCCCGAGAGAGGCUGGGGGCUGGCACCCGUUCGAGUCUGCGACGGGUGCUUCCAGAACAGAGGAAUACCCACUGAGCUCCUGGAUGCGGCCUUGGAGGAGGAAGGCGGCACCUUGAUCGCAAGGAAGGUCGGGGAGGCUGUUCAGAACACCCUUGGCGCCGUCGUCGGCGCCAUCGACAUACCGCUCGGCCUGGUGAAGGAAGCCGCACGUCCCGCCUACUGGGUCCCAGACCAGGACAUCCAAGCCUGCUGCGGCUGCCAGCGGGACUUCUCGGCCUCUCGCCUCUCCAUCCACCAUUGCCGCGCCUGCGGUCAGGGCGUGUGCAAAGACUGCUCGCAGGAGCGGCGUGCCGUCCCCUCCCGGGGUUGGGAUCACCCGGUGAGGGUCUGCAGCGUAUGCAGCCAGAAGUCCGGGGAACUCUAGCAGGACCUCAAAACCACGUGGACCCCUUUUUGUCUCUGGUUCUUCCAUUUUGGGUUUCGGACAGUAUUUUUUGUUUUUAACUUUUGGUCAGUCGAUGAAAUGUGCAUAUCAUGAAGGGAACUUGAGAGAACAGAAUCACGUUUUGGACAAAUCGCUCUCGAAGAUUGAGAUUCUUGUUUGGACUAUCACAUCGCCCCAUACUAUGUCUUCCUAUAUUGCUUAUCGCGGUCAGAGUUCGGGGUCUGAGAGAAGAGGCAUUGACAAACACACAGUCAUCCGUAACCACAAUUUAGUUGUCACAGUCAGUCAUAAGUGGGACUAUUUCACAGUAUUAGUUAGUAUAUGUUGGUAACCAACCUGCUGACUACUGUCCUUGCGUUUGGACCUUUUUUUUUAAGUCAACCAUCAUGGUUUAUUGUUGGACUGUAAAUGCAUUCCAAUAUACAA